AUGUGGAUACUUCAAUGUCAAUCCAUAUUUAUCCUGGAAGUACUUCAACACAGUCUUCUCAAUCGACGACCCAUUCUCCAGUGUCAACGGGAACGUCUGCGUCUGGGCGGGACGUCUCGUCACAUUGCACACUCGAUACUUUCGUCGCAUCGUUCCACAGUGAUUUAUCUCAAUCUUGAGACCCCGGAUCUCUUUUGUAAACUUGACUCGUUGAGAGUCAGAGAGCACACGACGCUCGGCAAGAGCUUGAAUUGGAAGCUCCAGGACUUCGGCGAGGAAUUCAAUGACUGGCAUGGCACGAUAGAAUGCGGUGGCAGAGACAUCGAUAUUCAACAUCAUUUUCCAUUGAGAUGGACGAAUCGAUUGAUGGAAUCCAAACCAUACUUCACGUCCUCCACCGAGCUUGCUCUCCGGAUAACUUUGUCCAGUUUCAUAUCCAGCUGGUGGCGAGAAGAAAGAUCUUCCAACCGAGGAAUCUGGCGUGCCUUUGACGCGGACUCCAACUUACUGGAUCCAAUGGUCUCCAAGUCUUGUGAUCCGGCACUGGUGGGUACGGUGGUCCCUCCUCGAUCAACGACGACGACAUACGUGGCAAGUCUUCUGGCAAGUGCUUCAGGAUGA